UGUGUUCGACAGGAAGACGGUUCUCUGAGAACAAAUUGCUUUUAACUAUUUAAAUCCUAAUCUUUAUUAGCGAUAACUAUACAUCAUUUUGAAAACGUCAGAAUAGUUUCUGACAUGUAAGGCCUCAACUGAAACUUCGUUUACGUAGUCAGGAAAAGAACAAAACUGUUAAGCGACCGCCAAUCAAAUCCGAUUGAUUUCGGAUUCUAUUCCUCGCGUACGUUACCAAAAAUACGUAAAAAUUCCUUCCUCGUUGAGAAGAAGUCCAAGCCCUCCAACCGUGGAGAGUUUACUGGAGAAAUGGAGCAACUCCAAGAGGAGUGGCUCUGGAGCUCGAUCCAUCCACCCUCUGUCCAUCAUGCCUUCUGGAGUGGAUGACACGACUUAUGAGCUCGAGGAUUACAUCUACCAAAUGCAGUGUGAGGCUAACAGGACCACUGCAGACGACGAUGAAGAGGAUGGUCCCAAAGACCCCGAGGCGGACUUGGCCAAGCGGGAGAACGAUCUCGUGAUGGCCGCGGAGCUUGGUAAGGCGCUGCUCAAGAGGAACGAUGACCUCGUCCGCGACAACGAACAAAUGGCCGAGGAGUUCAGCCGUAAACUCGAGCAACUGGAGCAAGACAAGCACUUGUUGCGCCGGAAGCUGGCCUCCACCGAGGGUGAAUACGAGGUGCGGCUACUGGAACUCACCAGCGACCUUCAGAUCAUCACGAAGGAGCUGGAGGAUUACAAGGAGAGCGGCAAAGCCACCGACAGAGAGCGCUCGCUGAUUAUAGAAGAACUCACUGAGCAGAACCUACGCCUCACCAACGAACUUAAAGAAUCAUGUCGGCAAGAGGAGUUACUAGCGGCGCAGGUCCAGCAGCUCAAGGAAAAGAUGAGCUUACGGCAGUCCAGCAUGACAGACCACAUGACUACCUUAGAGAGCCUCCGCACCGAGAUCAUGCGGUUGACGGACAAGAAGCUGGAGCUGGAGCGGCGUCUGGAGGGCUUGGUCGUGGAGCGGGAGGGCCUCAGCAUGACACUCGACGAGUCGUCCGAUCGUAUCAUGCAACUGGAGCGGCAGAAGGAGGAACAUCAGAUCGAGCUGCGCGUGAAGGAGCGCGACCUGGAGGAGAUGCGCCACACAAACCUGAGUUUGUCGGACCGCCUGGAGGCCGUGAGCCGGGCCUCCUCCUCGCCCUCCAUGGGGCACACGUCCCUCAUGAACGAGAUGGAGCUGUCCGAAAACGAGGUGUCCCGGCCACACUCGCACCAGGAUCUCCUGGAGAUGGAGGAGGACAUCGAGUGCGAGGAUCCUGUGCUUACUCCGCACUCCGACGCCGAGGUUCUCAAGCGGAUGAAAGGUGAAGUGGGUGACGCCGUAAGCCAGUUACGGGUGCUUGCCGACCAGUUACGGCAACGACGUAACUCUUUAACGUCGCUAUCUACCAACUCCUCGGACGACUUCAGCGUUGCCAACGUCAACCCCGGGUUGCUGAGCGGGACUGUGAAGGAACUCAAGGGUCUGGUCAGGACCCGGCUACUGAGGGAGGCCCAGGGCCAGUGUGGGGCCUGUGGGGGCAAGACUGGGCCCGACGACCCCAAGGGCCUCCUCGAGAAGGAGUGCCAUAAGGCACUCGAGGCAGUCGACAAGCUCAGCCUCGAGCUCCAGGAAGUCAAGGAUAAACUAAAGGCAAAGACGUGUGAGGCGGAGAAGCUGUCAGGCGAGGUGACGGUACAGGAGGCGCAGCAGGCGGCCCUGCAGGAGGAGCGUGACAACCUCAGGCGAGACCUGCAGAACACACACCUCGCCAGGGACGAGAUCGUUAAACGGGCAUGGGACAGUCGGGACCAGGCCGUGGGCCGCAAGAACAAGUGUGAGAUCGAGCUCGCGAGGACGCGCAUAGAUCUCAUGGCCGUCAACUCGCAGCUCCUCGAGGCCAUCACGCAGAAGGUGGAGCUCUCCCAGCAGCUCGAGCAGUGGCAGCAAGACAUGCAGCAGCUGCUGGACGAUCAAAUGCGCACGAAAUUAUCGCGCCACGAGCUGAGCCUCGGCGAAGGAAAUCUUACGGACUCCGACUCCUCGACGAGCGAGAAGAACACGCCUAGGAAAUCCACGAGGAGGUUCUUUAACCUACUCAAUAUUCUAAGAAAAUAAAUAUAAUCUCGUUGUUAAUUUGCUGAUAGUGUUAGAUAAUUCUUGCAAUGCCAUUUGACACACACAAUAAUGAAUGCUGCUGAGGGUGAGAAAGGAGAUGAAGUGAAGUUCGUUGAGGUCGUUGGGUUCGUUGAGUUCUUUGAGUUCGUUGGGUUCGUUGAGGUCGUUGGGUUCGUUGGGUUCAUCGAGUUCAUUGAGAUCGUUGGAUUCAUUGAGUUCUUUGGGUUCGUUGAGGUCGUUGAGUUCGUUGGGUUCGUUGAGGUCGUUGGGUUCGUUGAGUUCAUCGAGUUCGUUGGAUUCGUUGAGUUAUUUGGGUUCGUUGAGUUCGUUUGGUUAGUUGGAUUCGUUGAGUUCGUUUGGUUCGUUGGAUUCGUUGAGUUCGUUGGGUCAGUUUAUCUCAAGCAAAGUUUCAACGUGUGCAUGAAAAUGCACUUCUUAAAGACCGGAAAGUUGGAGUGGUCCAGUAACAACAUUUGUAAUUUUUUCACCUAGUAUUCAUAACUUAUUUUCCUUGCUCCAUGAAAACUUUAAUGUUUUGAAUAUGUAACGGCGUCGUAUAGAGUCUUCGUCUGUUUGUUAGUUCUCUUCUAUUUUGGCUGUUAGUUAAUCUAUUCUGAUUGUAUCACGCUGGGCACAGACAUCAAAUUCGUUCAUGCCUUUUUAAAUUCCGGAUCGGAUUUUAUUUUGUUCUUUACUGUUUUAUAUAAAAUAACUAAUUGUUAGACAAUUCUCGACUGAGAUGCCUCGCUUCUGCUCAUAUGGUUACUGAAGAAUCGAACAUAUUUCGUUCUCUUCGCAUUUGCGAUUUAAGUUUUCGUAAAUUACUUCGAAUUCGCCACUUUCCAAAAUAUUAUUCUCAGAAAAUCGAUUGAACUCGAAUUGGUAUCGGUUACCGUUAAAAUCAAUGGUUAAUAUUCAAAUUGUAUUACAAUUGUAAACAAGUUUCUAUUGUAUAAAAUCUUUCGGUCCUGCACGCCGUGUGAUGUGCAUUUCUCGUACUUCUCAAUAUGUAAUAUUCAUUUAUUAGUUUCACGCAGAGAAUUUUAUUCAAUUAGUGG